AUGGAUUACGUCCCUAAAAAGGGUGAUGUUGAUGUAACCUUAGCGGCAUUGGCACUAUGUGAUUGUCAUAUCAGGAGAAUGGCCGAAAAGGAUGUAAAAUCCAAUGCUUCCAUGGCCCGGGGUUUGCGGAUCCAACGCUUCUCCAUUGACCCUUAUGUAUUUCUUGACAGUAACCCUAUUUUCCAUAAACUGUAUGAAUGCCACUUCUAUAUAGUAACAUUUAUUAUUGUUUUCGAUUCUUCUGUACACGAUGCAAUAAGUGGUGGUGGUGGUUGCUUACCUUCUCAUGUCAAAAAAGUUUUUGAGGCUAUUGGUGUGAACUUGCAGAAUGUAUAUGGUUUAACAGAAAGAAGUACCCCUAUAAUGGCUGUGAAAUUUGCAGUAAGUGACAUGGAUUAA